AUGACUGCUAUUACUACUACUACUUCAAGAUUACGGAAAUUUGACAAAUCAUUAAUCCAUGAAUCAACAUCAACAUCAACAUCAACAUCAACAUCUUCCACCAAAUCCAUUCACAACAUUGAUUUGAUUGAUAUUGAUGAUCAAAUCAAUUUAAUUGAUCAAUUGACAAUAACUAAUCAAAUCAAUUAUAAAAAAUCAAUGAAAUAUCUUAUUUAUUUAUAUAUUUUACAAAUUAUUUUGAUUUUAUCAUUAUCAUUAACCAUGGCUAAAACAAAACGUACAAGUAAUCCAACCAACAACAACAACAACAACAACAACAACAACAAGACGAAGAAGAAAAAUCAUCUUGAUCAACAAUUACAAUAUAUUUUAUUGAUUCUUCUGAUUUGUUUAAAUAUUAUUAAUGUUAAAUUUGGAACCAAUAGUAACAACAGUCAUAGUUUUCUGAAACGUUUAAUCAUAUGGAUUAAAUGGAUCAAUAGAUUAAUCACAUUACAAUUAAUUUAUAAUGGAUACUUGACCAUAAUAACGAAUACAUUGUCAUUACCAUUACCAUUACCAUUACCAUUACCAUUACCUAAUGUUAUUGAUCAAUAUCGAGGGAUAUUAUUUAUGAUAUUACCUGGAUUUAAUAUUUUAAUGCCAUGGUUAUUUUUAUAUUGGUAUAAACAUAUGGAUGAACUGGUUCAACAAUUGAAUGAAUUAAAAUAUGAAUAUAAAAAUGUUUAG